AAAAAAAAAGAAAAGGCAGAAGCUUUCACUAUUUAAUAGGCUCAUUCCUUUUAAUUAUUAUCCACCUAACUCUUUUGAUCAACCCCUUCACAUUAUCUUGCACCAUAUAUAUACAUAUAUCAUAUAUGUAUGUAUAUAUGUAUAUAUUUCUAGCUAAAGCCCAGUUCUUGAUUAUCCAAUGCUUCUAUUCUUGAUCACUUGCUCCUUCUCCUUCAUCCUCUUCUACAGUCCACUUUUCGCUUGUGAGAUGAGAUUGCUAUCUCUCUGCUUUUGGAAAUCCAUAAAAAACACACUCUUCAGUGCAACCCUCUCAUUUUUCACUACAAGAAUGCUGCCCAGCAAGAAAAUUUAUGCUGUUCCAAAAGUGCAAAGGACUGCCUUUGAUACGAACUCCGGAGAUCAGAUGUCUGUACUCGAUUAUUUACCCGACCUCGUACUUGAGACCAUUCUCGAGAAGCUCCCACCGAAGGGCCUCUGUCGAAUGGGCUGCGUGUCGAAAUCUCUGAGGGGUAUGUGUGUGAGUGAUCACCUGUGGGAGAGGCAUGUGAGGAGCAAAUGGGGCAGAGUUGUUGGCACCUCUGCAUACAGAGAAUGGCUGUGCAGUGCUCAUUCGAGAAAUCAAGAUUCGAUUUUUUUCGAUCGAAUUGGAGAGAAGGGGUUCUUGGGUUGCCUCAUUGCAUUGGUUAGAUCUAGGUUUUGCAGUGUUGGCAAAGAUAAGAUUUUUCCUCCGGUUAAUUCGGUAAUGUCUUGGUACAUUGCUCUUGAGUCUGGCAAGUUGUGGUUCCCUGCUCAGGUUUAUAACCGUGAGAAUGGUCAUGUGGGAUUUAUGUUGUCUUGCUAUGAUGCUGUGGUUAGUUACGAUCGGCGAACCGACACUUUUCUUGCUAGAUAUCCGGCUCAUGGAACAAGAACCAGUGCAAUAGAGAGUGGUGUAACAUGGGAUAGGCUAAGAGCCCCCCUUGUCGAUACUUCACCGCACGAUCUUCAUAUCUCCGAUUGUUUGAACGAGCUUCGCCCGGGUGAUCAAAUCGAAAUCCAAUGGAGACGAAAUAAAGAAUUCCCAUAUGGUUGGUGGUAUGGUGUUGUAGGCCACUUAGAAACAUGUGAUGGGAAUGCCAAUUACUGCAGAUGUCAUCAUAGUGAAAGUUUGGUUCUUGAAUUCAAUCAGUACACACGUGGCUGUCGAUGGAGAACUACCAUUGUUAACCGGAGAGAUCAUAGGGAAGAGGGAAACGAGGCUGAUGGAUUUUACGGCGGGAUUCGUAAACUUUGUGGGGAUGAAGAAAUUUCCAUGUGGAAGCAGUUCUGGCCAGAUGUAGUAUUGGAAUAAAUAGGUCACUCUUUAGUUAAUUAUAUAUAAAUUUAUUUAAAAUUUAAAAUUAAAAUUGUAACUACAAACUGAUUCAAGAAGGCCAUUUUCUUCUGUAAAUUACAAACACAAAAAAAUUUGAUUCUUUGGACUUACAGAGGGAAAUGUGUCUUUGUAGAAGUUAAUUAACGCGAUCCACUGAAGCGAUCUUGAUUAACGCGCUCGUUGUCCUCUCUUCCAAA